AUGAAUUUCAUACCUCCCGAUACUAAACGUAUUGCUGAAGCUCUUGGUGAUAUUAAACAGUUACCAAGAGAUAUGCAAAUGGCUGUGACAAACAAGCUUGAUGAGAGUUUUCAACCAGUGCCAGAACCUAAGGAUGAUGAUUGGUUGAGAGAUCAUCAAGAAAAAGGACAAACUAUGAAAUCAUUCGAAUGUAGAACAUCAAAAGCUGUUCCCCAUGCAACUUAUAAAACUAUCUAUAUUCAACCAGUUGGCAGUUUUAAUCAUCCACGAACUAUACCAUUCGAUAUUAUCAUUGAAUUUGCUCGUGUAUUUUUUUCUGGAUGUGAAGUUGAAUUAUUGCGAAGUAUUGACUUUUCGAAAGAUAUGAAAUAUAGAGAAAGUGAUGGAAUAAGACAAUAUCGUACAAAUGGCUUUUAUAAGUAUCUGUCUCAAACACGUCAUAAACGUAAUGUAAGACGCGAACUUUUAUGUAUUGCUGUAACUAUGGCUGAUAUUUACGUCGAUGAAAUUAUGGACUGGGUUUAUGGACAAGCACGACCAAUAGACGGUGUUGGUGUUUAUUCAUUUGCACGUCUUGAUCCAUUAUAUCCCGCAUCAGCACAAACAUUACUCUCAUCUCCAUUAACUGAUGAACAUCGUAUAAUAAUGCUUCGACGUUGUGUAAAAAUUCUUCUACAUGAAUUAGGUCAUUUAUUUGGUUUAAAACAUUGUAUCUAUUAUAUUUGUUUAAUGAAUGGUGCAAAUAAUGAAAUUGAAAUGGAUCGACAACCUUUAUAUCUAUGUCCUGUUUGUUUACGUAAACUUUAUUCAACAUUUCAAUUUAAUGUUCGAGAUGUAUAUGAAAAAUUUAUUAAUCUAUGUGAAAAAUAUGGACUUGAAGAAGAAUGUAUAUGGUAUCGAAAACGUCUAGAUUGUAUUCAAGAUAAUCACAAAUAA